AUGAUAGUGCGGUUGCUUUUCUUUUCAUAUUUCCUCCUACUGUUGACUGCCACGCAACUCACUGCGCAGGUAACUGAUGAAUCCACCACAAUUACAUUCGCACAUGAAAUUGGCCCAGUAGAAAAACUCAAGCAGCCACAGUUGUUGUGGUUCCUCACAUGGCGCUCAAGUGAUGAACAAACCACUUCAAUGGCUAGUGUGAAUGCGCCUGCUGGCGAACUCGCUGUAACCCUCAAUACGGAAGCGCAACAAUUAACGAAAUAUGUCGCGGGACUGCAGUGCGAGGAGUCCCGAAAGCUUAACGCGGGAUUCCGCUCGGGGCGCUGCACACUUUUGUUGACGGCCUGCGAAGCGGAAGAGCGGGCAGAUGUGUUCUUCAACUACCGCGUGACUAAACAUAUUGAACACGAUACAACUCUAGGCGACACAGCGACUCACGUUAGUAAACUAUAUGAAGAAGGUGACAAUGAAGAUGCCGUAGAGGUGGGCACAGUUACGUACAGUGUGGAAAACAGUAGUGAUGAUGAGCGUGAUCCCAGUGUUGCAUUUAUUUUGGAGUUUAAUUUAACAGUGAAAGCGGGUGGCUGCAAGAAUUGGAUUCCCUCCUGGUUGAAGGUGGAGGGACUAUCACCUGAUGAAGUGGAGAUGCGCACCUGGCGGCGAAGGGCUGCCACUUCUGUUGUGGAACGAUGGGGUUAUCCGCUACUUUUGGCGGCUGCGGUGUAUGGUGCGUUGCAUGCCUUGACUGCAAUUGCGAGACGCCACCAACAGGCCGCGGCGGAGAAGAGGAAAAAGAUGAAGUAG